GCAAGUCCGGGCAAACGCGGCGCCUGUUGAGCCGCUAUUGCGCGCAUCUAUCAGAUAGUAGCUGUUAAGUGAUCACUUACUGGCCAGCGACCACCGGAGCCCAUCGCAACGCGGCAACAAUGCGGCCCAGCACUCUGCUCCUGGCGCUUGCAGCAGCAGACGCCACGCGGCGGCUCGGCGGCGGCGCGCCGUCGAUCCGAGCAGACGCCACGCGCUGGCUCGGCGGCGCGCGAGGCGGCAGCACGCUCACAAGCCGUAAGCUCUUCGCCACGGAGGAGCUCGAGCACCCCUUCUCCGCGCUCGCGGCCUUCCUCUGCGAAGCGCCUGAAUUAGGCGAAAAGGGUCCGAAGCGCGUGCGGCGAGCGUUGCUGGCGCUGUCGACGUCCACCAAAACCGUGAAGUUCGUGGACGGCGCGACGCACCACGCCAUCAAGAUGGGGGCGAGCGCGGCGUCAGGGGCGACGGUGGCGGAGCGCGUCGCCGCUGCACGCGACGUGGCGGGGCGAGGUCCUAGAGCCCUAAAAAAGCGCGCGUCGGCGGCGUGCCGGGCGCGCAUGGCGCUCGAGGCCUUAGAAGCGUGCGAGCUCUGCCGACGAGCGCCGGAAGGUGAUAUUGUAGAGACGUCGCAAGGCGCCUGCGAGGUGUGUGUCGUCGAGGAAGACGCGAGGUGUGUUAUCUCGAUCCACUGGCGGAGCGGCGCCACCAAACUCGUGACCGCGCUGGACGCGGAUGCUUGUGAUAUUGUCACGCCGGACUUUCAACGGGCGCGCGCGUCCGCCGCGUUACUAGAACUCGCCGAGGACGUCGUUGACAGUCUCCAGAAAACGCUAUCAUCGCUGAAAAACGGCACCGAGGUCGUAUUGGUGGGCCACGGCGGCGGCGGCGCCGUCGCGGCGUUGGCGGCGUCUCUCUUGAGUGGUGUUGUAAGGCGGCCACCUACUCCACCAAAGAAGCCGCAGCAGCAGCUCGGGGACCUCAACCUCGCCCAGAAGCGCGAGCCGCCGCGGCCGCCGCCCUUUCCUUCCCAAAAAAUCCGGUGCGUGAGCGUCGGCUGCGCGCCUUGUUUAUCGGCAAAAGCAGCUCGAAGCUGGGACCCGCGCCGCGCGCGGUGCACCACGGUACUUUUGGGAGACGACUGUAUCGGCAGGUGCUCGCCGUCGGCGCUGCGGCGGCUGCGGAAGCGAUUGAGGCGGUUCCUGCCGGCGUCGGCGGGCGGGGCGUUGGGCGCGGUGCGACUGGGUGCGGCUCUAGCAGGCUCGGCCUUCGAGCAGGGCAUGGGCGCCGCGGGCCGCGCCGUGACGGACGAGCAGCGGACUAAGCUCACGGACGACGACGAGCUGCGCUUGCCGGGCGACGUGUUCUUCCUGAAGCCGCGGGCGGACGGCGCCGUCGGCGUGUAUCGGGGCGGCGCGGGCCGCGCGCGCGAGGAGCUCCUCUGGCAGCUGAACGACGUGCUGCUGUCGAAGAGCAUGCUCGCGCACGCGACGCUGGACGCCUACAUCUCGGCUUUAGAUAGGAUCUAAGGUUGUUCACAACAA